UUGCAAUAACACUGGCAUAAAGCAGAUCAACAGUGUUCUUCUACGCCUACUACAUCCUCAGAACAAUCACUGCCAUGCUCUCUGAAGGCAGCACCAACUGCCUUGCUCUUGCCUAUGUGGCAGACAACAUUUCAGAAUCCAAAAGGACAUCAGCAUUUGGGAUUCUAGCUGGUGUUGGCUCAUCCGCUUUCGUCUUCGGGACCUUAGCUGCUCGAUUCCUCUCCACCGCUAUGGCGUUCCAGGUCGCAGCAGCUCUGUCCAUGGCUGCAGCAGUGUACAUGAGAGUCUUUCUCAAGGACAAAUUGUCUGAAACAGAACACAUAUUGACAAAGCCAAUACUGAAACAAAUAGUGUCACAUGAUGAUGAUGGUGAACAAAGUUGUGUUCUUACUAACAAGGUGGCAUUCAAGGCAUUUCCAUCAGCUUUUGACCUUAUUUCCUUGCUUAGGACCAGUGUGACAUUUUGUCAGGCAGCCAUAGUCACAUUCUUCAACAGUCUUGCUGAAGGUGGACUCCAAGCUGCCAUCAUGCUGAUCCUGAUGCCACUGCUGGCGCCUUUCGUAGCAGAACAGAAGCUGCUUUCACUUGGCCUGCUAGUAGGCUGUGCAAAUCUUCGUAGCAUCGCGUCGAAGCAAGUUGGAUCGAGCGAGCAAGGGAAGGCUCAAGGUUGCCUUUCAGGGAUUGGCUCCAUUGGCAGCAUCAUAGCUCCAUUGCUCUUCAGCCCUCUGACGGCUAUGUUCCUGUCUGAGAAACCACCAUUUGACUUCCCUGGAUUCAGCAUUCUCUGCAUUGGCUUCAUGACGAUGAUUGCCUUCAUUCAGAGUCUUAUGAUAAGCGCUGAUCAUCGUCAGAUCCCAACUCACAAGAUUGACUGUGGAGACUGCGUGGAGGCCUCUAGUUGUGAUCACUUGAGAUAGAGCUAGCUAGUAGUGGUUUUACUAAAAGAAUGCACAAACAAAAUAGUAAAACACAAAAGAGUGACCAUAAUGUAGCUGAAGUUAGUAAUUGAGGUCACUUGUCAUGUAAAACAUAUUAUCACAUAUAUAUAGGAUGAAUUGUUGCUCUGAGUUUUACCUCCAUAUAGAAAUAUUUUUCCAAUUUAU